GGCGCCGUGGCCGCGAUGGGGCUGAGGCGCGGGCCGACCUGGGCCGCGCUGCUGCUGCCGCUGCUGCUGGUGCUCGGGGCGGCCCCCGGGGCCUGCCCGCAGGAGGAUUCCACCGACUGGAGGGCCACGCUCAAGACGAUCCGCAACGGCGUCCACCGCAUAGACACGUACCUGAACGCGGCCCUGGACCUGCUGGGCGGCGAGGACGGGCUGUGCCAGUACAAGUGCGCCGACGGAUCUAAGCCCUUCCCUCGCUAUGGCUAUAAACCUUCACCUCCAAAUGGAUGUGGCUCUCCAGUGUUUGGUGUUCAUCUUAACAUCGGCAUCCCUUCAGUAACAAAGUGCUGCAAUCAUCACGACAGAUGCUAUGAGACCUGUGGCAGCACCAAGAAUGACUGUGAUGAGCAGUUUCAUCAUUGCCUCUCCAAGAUCUGCAGAGAAGUACAGAAAACACUGGGGCUAGCGCAGAAUGUGCAAGCUUGUGAAUCCGCGAUGGAGCUCUUGUUUGAUGGGGUUAUACACUUAGGCUGUAAGCCCUACCUGGACAGCCAGAGAGCUGCCUGUAAAUGCCGCUAUGAAGAAAAAACUGACCUUUAAAAGAGGCUUCUGACCAGCAGCCCCUGCAGCGGAAGAGGAGUCCCACUAUUGACAGAGUUUCAGUGUGCCACCACCAAGUGAAACUACCUGUUUUUUGUCAGUGGCUUUUUUAGAAGAACCUGAAAGUUUGUUUUGCCAUUAAAACCUCAGCUGUUUGAAGAGAGACUGCACAGUCCAGUAGAAAGAGCCCUAAAUGUGGAGCCAGGAGGCACUGGGCUUGGCAGGCUGUGUAGCUGGGGACAGGUUAUUUCUGACCUGCUUUGUGGCUGUGGACAAAUUAUUCUACCUUCUGAGGCUUGAUUUCCUCACCUGUCAAGUGAGGGUAAUAUUUAUAGUGCCUUCUUCAUGAGCUUCUUGUGAGGAAAGUGCUUUGUGAACCCUUAAAACACUAUGUAAAUGUGAGUUAUUUUCAUGCAUAUACCUUCAUAUUUGAAACAACUUCUUGUAAAAAUAUAUUGUUGCGCUCUCAUGUAUAUUACUGUUAUUGCCCUAUUGUGCCAGACUACUGUGACUAAAAGCGAGAUAAACUAUGUAGGAACUGAAACAAACUGAAACUUUAGAAAGACAGAAGUAGGUAACUGCAGAAUUCUUUUGUAACUGUAUCCCCCUCCCCCUUGGAAAAGUAGGUCAAAUUUAAAAGUUCAACAUAAGGCUGAUAAUAAAGGAGAAAAACUUUACUUUGGGAAAAGAUUAGUUUACUAUCAAACCUUAAAUGUUUGCACUUUGAUGCUUUGAAGGAUCUAAAUGUAUUGUUUUUUCUUCAUUAAAUGUAUGUCAUCUGUUCCCUUUUGCAGUAUAUUUAGUGUAUUAACCAAACCAUGCUGUAGUAAGAGCGCAUUUAGGCUCAGGGACAAGGUUUGCAUGUGUCUAGUGCAUAUCUGCUUCUCUUGUAAGAUUGAAAGUGUAAACAGGUACACCUUUAGAGGACAUUAGCUGCAAGUCUAAGCAUUAUCAACCUAAAGAAGCAUGCAAGAAUAACACUUUGUCUAACAAGAACACGAAGCACAGCCACUCAAAUCUGUUGAAUUACUUCUUUUAAGAAUAUUAAGUGUAAAUGUCUAUUUUUCUAAACACAUUGCAUGUAGCCUAGAGGUCUUGCUUGGAGAGAGAAUGGAUUCUGGUGGGUGUAAUGAUUAAGUUGCUUGUGUUAAUAUACUUACAUAAAGCCACGUUAUAAACUUAUGUCUUGGGUUUUUGAUUUCACUUAUUUCUAUUAUUUUUUAUCAUAAAUUCAAACUAAUACUAGUUUUAAUAAACAUUUGUUUUGCCA